UAGAUGUUGUUAUAUGUUUUUCAAACUUCAAAUUGUGCGAGUUCGCCAAACAAGGCACAAGUAAUAAAAAUUCAAAGACAAAAAAAAAAUGGAUAACAGCCAGCAUGAAGACUUCUUGUCAGCCUACACAAAUGCAUUUGGUUUAAAAGAAAACCUAAUCACCACUCUGGUCAUCUCAACCAUCCCAACGAUGCAAGAUGAUUACAUAUAUCGCUACGUUACCGUCAAUAAGAAUCAAACCCCAAAAAGACCUUUAAAGAAAUCGUUUUCCUGUCACAGCACAAACUCGUCAGUUCUACUUCAGCGCGACUGCUUUCUUUCUGGAGAUUCUUACAAGACCUUUCAAAAUUUUACAGCAGAACGGAGGAAACGCAGUUACACAUUGCCGAUAAAACCCUCCACAGGGAACACUUCAGGCUGUUUAUCGUUUAAAAACAAACGUUGGGAUUCCCUCAUGUCCAAUACUUAUUCAAAUGAUUUGGAAGCUAUAAGCGAGCUAUCAACAGCUUCAAUGGAAAAUCUGACAGGAGAAAAAACAGAAGCAGUUUCAGAGAAGGAAAUACUAAUUGAAUCAGGUCAAUCAGAUCAAUCAUUUCAAAAAGUGAUAACGUAAUAAAGAAAAAAACUUAAAAGCUGGGUUGAGUGAUGUUCUUUUUUAGAACAAACAGAGGAAAAAAGUUUAUAGGAAAAUAUGUAAUAACAUAGAAAAAUAUGUCCUAAAAAUCAAGCUGUAACUUGCUUGUAAUAUUCUUCUGUUUGACAGUAGCAAGAAAUAUUCUCCAAAUA